AUGCGUGGUCUGGUCGGUUUACUCGCCCUCGCGGCCGACGACCUCGGUAGCCCAGUCCAGCCGGACCAGUCGAUCAACACUCGCGAGCUCAACACUCCCCAGACGGCCAGUGGCUUCUACCACAACGCCUCCCCAACUUGCUGUCUCUCAGGAGUCUACAUGUGCCAAAACGGCUGGAUCUACCAGGUCAACAUGGACCAGAUGAGGGCCAGGGGGCACGGCUGUGACCCGCCAUGGGGCCUUAUUGCUACUAGCCGGUCCGGAUACCCUUGCUACUGCUGCUAG